AUGCUUCAAGAAGCAGAUCCUCAAUGUUCUGCUAGUGGCUCCACAUCUACCGAUCGGUGUGACUUUUCUUCGGAGGAAGAAAAAAUACUCCAAUUCUGGGACUCCAUUGAUGCCUUUAAUCUUUCAAAAGAACUAUCUAAAGAUAGGCCUCUUUGGACGUUUUAUGACGGACCUCCAUUUGCUACCGGUCUUCCUCACUAUGGACACAUACUUGCUGGAACCAUUAAGGAUGUCGUUUGUAGAUAUGCAUAUCAGAACGGAUACAAGGUACCCCGUCGGUUUGGAUGGGACUGCCACGGUCUUCCUGUGGAGCACGAAAUUGACAAGAAAUUAAACAUUACCUGCAAGGCCGAUAUUGAGAAGCUUGGUGGAAUUGCCAUCUAUAACCAGGCCUGUCGAGAGAUUGUCACCCGUUACACUUCAGAGUGGGAAAGCACCGUGCGCCGUACCGGUCGUUGGAUUGAUUUCAAAAAUGACUAUAAGACCAUGUAUCCUUCGUUCAUGGAGAGUGUUUGGUGGGUGUUCAAAUCUCUGUGGAAUAAAGAUCUGGUUUAUCAGGGACACAAGGUGUUGCCAUACUCCACUGCCUGCACUUCGCCCCUGUCAAAUUUCGAGGCCAACUUGAAUUACAAGGACAUUGUCGAUCCCACUGUCAUUGUGUCUCUUCCGCUUGUCGACCGCCCGGAAACAAGUCUUUUGGUAUGGACCACCACUCCAUGGACGUUACCUUCUAACUUGGCGGUUAUUGCCAAUCCAGAUCUUCUCUACGUCGAGGUCCUGGAUACAGAGACAUCAAAAAAGUUUAUUCUUGCAGAUGCUCUGUUAAGCUCCAUUUACAAAGAUGUAUCUGAUACUUCCGAAUCGUUCAAAAGAAUUUCAUCGUUCAAGGGAUGCGAGCUGAAGGGAUUGUCCUAUCAGCAGCCGUUUCCGAUAUUCGAAUCGCGAAGAGCCUCCCACGGAAACUUUGUUGUCAUUACGGAUCCGUUCGUAACUGCAGAUGCUGGAACUGGUCUUGUACAUUGCGCCCCUGCCUUUGGGGAGGACGAUCAUCGGGUAUCGCUGGCCAAUAAGAUCAUCUCAGAGAACGAGGCUGUCCCAUCUACCAUUGAUGAAAAGGGCCAUUUUGAAGCAGGCUUUUUCGAGGGAACUUCAAUUCCAGGCUCGUAUUUCAAAGAUGCUGAUAAGGAAAUUAUCAAGCUGCUCAAAGCCAAAGACCGCAUAGUACGCCAAACUCAACACAAGCACUCGUAUCCAUUUUGUUGGCGCUCAGACACACCUUUGAUGUUCAAAGCGGUACCCUCUUGGUUCAUACGGGUUACCGAUCACAUUCCCAAACUUUUGGAAAACCAAGCCAAGACUCGAUGGGUUCCCGCAAAUGUUGGGGAGAAAAAGUUCACCCAUUGGCUGGCUGCCGCUCACGACUGGGCUGUAUCGCGAAAUCGAUACUGGGGCACCCCUAUUCCGGUUUGGCGCUCUGCUGAUGGAAAGGAAACCAUUGUUAUUGGAAGCAUCGAAGAGUUAGCUCGCCUUGCCGGUAUCCGAAGCGAUUCGAUCACAGAUCUACACCGUGAAAGCAUUGAUCACAUCGAAAUUCCCUCCCAAAUCGAUCCAAACGGACGCCCUCCAUUAAGAAGAGUUGAAGAGGUCUUUGAUUGCUGGUUUGAAUCUGGCUCAGUUCCCUAUGCCGCACAACAUUAUCCUUUCAGCGAAGUUUCAAAUGCUGGUACGCCGGAACAACCACCGGGAACGUUCGCCUCAUCAUUUCCUGCUGAUUUUAUUGCCGAGGGGAUUGACCAGACUCGCGGAUGGUUCUAUACCCUUUCUGUAUUAAGCACACUUUUGCUUGAUAGACCCCCAUUUCGAAAUGUCAUUGUUAAUGGCCUGAUUUUAGCGGCUGAUGGGAAAAAAAUGUCAAAGCGAUUGAAAAACUAUCCAGAGCCCGAGGUGGUGAUGGGGAAAUUUGGUGCUGAUGCGCUAAGACUUUAUCUCAUCAACUCCCCCGUUGUWUGUGCAGAGUUUCUAAAGUUCAAAGAGGAAGGUGUACGUGGAAUUUUGAGGGAUGUUUUGAUCCCCUGGACCAAUACAUCUCGGUUCUUUACAGAGCAGGCCUCCCUGAUAAGCGCAACGUUUGCGCGCCCCAUUGUUGGCCAGUUUGUCGGCAAUGCGGAUGAAUUUGUAGGGCAGUCUUCAAGUCUUUUUUCGGAUGAUAUCAUGGAUCGUUGGAUCCUUUCACUCUUACAAACGCUGAUUGAAGAGGUGCGUCAAGAAAUGGAUGCUUACCAUUUGUAUUCCGUGGUCCCAAAGCUGCUAACCUUUCUUUCCUCGCUGUCUAGUUGGUAUUUACGUCUUUCGCGCAAGCGUGCAAAGAACGAUGAAGACAAAGAGGACCAGCUCAAGGCUCUUGGCACGCUGUUCCAUGUGCUCUAUUCUUUGACCAUUAUCAUGGCACCAUUCACGCCUUUUGUUGCUGAAAGUCUCUUUCAAGAGCUCUCCGGGUUUAUUUCAAAUGAAAAGGAGAAAAAAACAUCGCCCCCGCUGCUUUCUGUCCAUUUCCAGCCUUUUCCAUGCGUAAAUACUCUCUUGAAAGACAAAUUGACAGAGGAGAGGUUUUCACUUUUCCAAGAGGCCAUGGAUCAAGCUAGAGCCAUUAGGGAGCAAAAGAAUAUUUCGCUCAAAAUCCCCCUUUCUUCAAUGAUCAUCGUUACAAACUCCCACGAGCAGCAAUCACUAUUGUUGCCUCUGGUUUCUUACAUUUCCGUGGACUUGAAUGUCCGCGAUGUCCGCAUUCUGGUGGACACGGAUGUUGAACAUCUGGGUAUCAAAAUUGCCUACAAGGCGCUCCCAAAUUUUUCUCUGCUUGGCCGGCGUUUGAAGACCGAGCUAGAUGCGCUCCAAAAGGCUCUUAGGGAAGAAGUAUGCGAUUCCCAUCUUCGUGCAUAUUUCUUGGACAAGUCAAAAGGGCUAUGUGUUGGCAAUAGAUGGAUCUUGUCCGAAGACGAGGUUUCGAUUUCCCGCUCUGUCCUUGCUCUUCCGGAGCAAUGGGAGCAGCAGAAAAACGCCUCUGCCAACCGCCAGGUCAUCACACUGCUUUGCACAGAGCUUUCUGAAGAUCUUCUUCAAGAAGGUGCCGCAAGAGAAAUACUUUCGCGUAUUCAGCAGCUCCGUAAAAAGGCUGGACUAAAACAGAGCGACACGGUCUCCAUUUACCACGAUGAUUUGGCAUCUGGGUCGAUUUUUGUCAGCCAGGCUGCAUACUUUGAGCGGUCUCUGAAGAAUACGAUUUUGAUACCAAAGCAAACAGAGACCAAUUCCCUUGAGCAUGCUCUCGUCGAUGAGAUCAUGAUCUCAGAUCGCCUUAUCAAACUGACGCUCUCCAGCCAGUUUGAGUAG